AUGCCGAAAGCAUGGCCACCGGGUGAUACCCAUGGGCGACCGGUCAAGCGGUUGUUCACACCAGAGAUUAAACGGCUGCUAAAGGAUUGGUUGGUUCGACGACGCGAUAAUCCGUACCCAAACCGGGAGGAAAAGAAGCUCUUGGCCAUCGAAACGGGCCUAACGUACACGCAGAUCUGCAAUUGGUUCGCGAACUGGCGCCGAAAACUCAAAAACUCCGGAAACGAUCCGCUGCGAAAAACUUGGGGCAACCUGAUCCGCCAUUACAACACGAACGCCCGGGGCAAUGUGGAGCAGUUUAGCAUUUGUUCGAGUGACAGCAUUUGGAGUGGUGCCGAUGGUGACGAUUCAAAUGAUUCACGUCACACACCACCAGCGUCCGCCACAGGGAGACCGGAACACGUGGUGAUGCGCCACGCCUCCAGACAGUAUGGAACCCAUGCACCUUGUCGGAUGCCAUUUUCGUAUGUGAAGUAUGGCAGUCAAACGGACAGUGGGGAUGCUUACAAUGAGAUUGCGUACGGCGAAACGCAUCUACUUGGCCACAGCAAAAACACUAGCGCAUCGUAUCGAAGCAAAAAUGGUCGCAAGUGUGCAGAGUAUGUCAGAAGGCUCCCGACGGAAUACAGUACCAGCCCGACGAGUAGCGUCAAUGCAUAUCAUGGUCAGCACGAUGAAAGCUCACCUUCAUACGACGGUGUGCGGGCAAGGUACUGUUUCGAUCACUGCUACACCCCACGGAACUACGGUACCGUGUUCGGCAUACCGGAAGAUACCAGAUGCUACAAGAUCGAAGCGGGCCAUAAGUAUAUACCUGCUGGUAGCCAUGCAAAACUUGAGCCACUCAUCCUCACGACCACACCGUCCGGAUUUGGGCGGUUCGAACAUGGCAAUGAACGGACGGUGGUUGCGGGAACAACAACGGCCACUCUAUUUCUUGCUCAAUCCCCCAACAUUUCCCCAACGACAACGACGACGACCGGUACAGCAUUACCAGCACCUGCGCAGAACCGUUCGAGCAAGUACAAGAGCAGUAUGAUGGAGAAAUACCUACGGGAUCUUAGUGAACUGGAAGCGGAUCAUAGCAGGCAGCCGGUGAUCAUGGCGACCAUACCCUUCCAGCGUAGCUACCACCAUCAUCACCAUUUGUGCCAUCGCGCAUCGCUGGAUGAGGAACCGGACCAUAGGACUGAUCCGUAUCGAGUGGAACCAGCGCUCGUUCAAGCAAUAAUGGACUCUGGUGAUCGAUUAAGCUGUGAUACCGGUGUGCUCGAUGCACCACCACCUUCACUGUCCAAGUGGUUAGAAAGUGCGGCCAAAUUUACCCCCGCUAAGCACAACUACAUUGGCGAUUGGGAAAAGUCUGGGAAACAAUCGACGGCAAAAAAACGUUGUGACUCGGCGGGAGGAGCAUUGUUUGCGUCCCUUUCGGGCCAUCCUGGACAAGCAACGAAUGGAAUCUCAUUAGAUAAUGCACUCGGAGCGACUGGUAGUGUAAUACUCACCCAUCAGAAGGAUGAGAUCGAUGCAGCCGAAGCCUUGACACGUUUGGCGAACAAUUUUCGAACGAAAGUUUCCAGCUAACACCAGCUGCUGCUGGUGCCCGAGGAGCGUCGACCAAAGACAGGAAGAUGUAGUGUUCGGUUGGAAUAACCGGGUUUUGUGUUUAUGUUACUGCAUUCCUUGAAGUGAUAGCGUACUAGCUCUCCAACCGUCGUCCACCAGCUUCGUUGGAGGUUAAUAAAUGUAACGGGACAUCUCAUUUCACAACGCCGCUGGCCGAACGUUGAAUGAAGCAUUAGUCCUCCAAACCGUGGUUGUUCGAAUUACUUCGCCGUUGUUCUCUGUACUGCUGUGUGAUAACAACUACGGAUGGAUGCAUAU